GACUCCAAUAACUGGGUCUCAGCGCCGCGGUGGCUGCGGCUGUCUCAGCAACGGCUCGCGCCUCCCCAUCCCCCAGUUCCCAGGGCUCUUCCCGCCUGCCGCGGUGCAGACCCAGGACGAAGGCGGGGAAGCCCGGUCCAGCCCGUUCCUCUGCCCGCACGGCUGGAGCAUCGUUCUGGAGGACUGCCCAAAGGCAAGCCUCGCAGCCGGAGAGCGUGGCGCACACGCGCGCCUCUCGGCCGCGGCCGUCCUCUCUUCCCUCCUUCCUCUCCUCUCUCCCCUCCCCUCUCCUCCGCCCCCAGCCUCCGCUGCGGCGGGAGGAAGAACCCUUCCCGACUAGCCCGGAGAACCCAGGUCGAUUCUCAUUCCGGGAGAAAGAGACCCCCUCGGUGGGAUCCGGCUGGCCGCUCGUCCCCGGCCACGGAAGUGACUGGUCGUCUAUUAGGAGAGCUCGCGUCUAGCUGAGCCCCCGACCCUCGCCCAGCCGCAGCCGCAUAGACAGCGCUCCCCAGCGGGCCCCCAGCCCCGCCGAGCCCACUCCCCGCUUGGGGCCAGGGCCGGCGAUGCCUGGCGCGGCAACGGCGGUGGCCGCGGCUGCUGCUGCUGCCGCCACGGCUGCUGGCCGGAGCCCGGGUCGGGGGCUCGAGUCUCCGCAGUGGGGCUGAACCCGCAGCCCCGCCCCCCGAGCCUGAGGCCGCUGCUCCGCCGGGCGCCGGGCCUUCUCCGCCCGCGCCUCCGCCCCAGGAACUGGAGUCAAGCGGGGAGCCCGGGCCCCGCGCCCAGGCCCGGACCAUGCAUGGCCACCGAGUCCCGGGGGGCCCCGGGCCUUCGGAUCCCGAACGCUCAGCGGCAAAUACCCCUGGCGCUGCUCCGCUGGCCUGUGCCGACUCGGACCCUGGAGCCUUGGAACCCGGACUGCCGGUGCGCAGGGGCUCAGGCUCGGCUCUUGGAGGCCCUUUGGAUCCUCAGUUUGUUGGACCCUCAGACGCCAGUCUGGGGGCGCCUCCAAGCUCCCGGGUCUUGCCCUGCGGCCCUAGUCCUCAGCACCACCGGGCCCUGCGCUUCUCCUACCACCUGGAGGGCUCGCAGCCUCGGCCUGGACUGCACCAGGGAAACCGGAUCCUGGUUAAAAGUUUGUCCCUUGACCCUGGCCAGAGCCUUCAGCCUGAAGAAGAGGAGGAAAAAGAAAGAGAAAUUCCAGCACCCCCGAUGGAGAGACAGGAGUCUGUGGAGCUGACUGUGCAGCAGAAGGUGUUCCAUAUUGCCAAUGAGCUCCUGCAAACCGAGAAGGCCUAUGUUUCCAGGCUUCAUCUCCUGGAUCAGGUAUUCUGUGCCCGGCUGCUGGAAGAAGCUCGGAACCGCAGUUCCUUCCCCGCAGAUGUUGUCCACGGCAUCUUCUCUAACAUCUGCUCAAUCUAUUGCUUCCACCAGCAGUUCCUGCUGCCUGAGCUAGAGAAGCGCAUGGAGGAAUGGGACCGCUACCCACGCAUUGGUGACAUCCUUCAGAAAUUGGCACCCUUCCUCAAGAUGUAUGGCGAGUAUGUGAAAAACUUCGACCGGGCUGUAGAGCUGGUCAAUACAUGGACAGAGCGCUCUACUCAGUUUAAAGUCAUCAUCCAUGAAGUACAGAAAGAGGAAGCCUGUGGAAACCUGACCUUGCAGCACCACAUGUUGGAGCCCGUGCAGCGUAUCCCCCGCUAUGAGCUUCUUCUCAAGGAUUAUCUGUUAAAGCUGCCUCAUGGCUCCCCGGACAGCAAGGAUGCCCAGAAGUCUUUGGAGCUGAUAGCCACAGCAGCAGAACACUCUAAUGCUGCCAUCCGUAAAAUGGAACGAAUGCACAAGCUGCUGAAGGUCUAUGAGCUGCUAGGGGGUGAGGAGGACAUUGUCAGUCCCACCAAAGAGCUCAUAAAAGAAGGUCAUAUCCUUAAACUGUCAGCAAAGAAUGGGACCACUCAAGAUCGAUACCUCAUAUUAUUCAACGACCGCCUCCUUUACUGCGUGCCCAGGCUGCGGCUCCUUGGCCAGAAGUUUAGCGUGCGGGCACGUAUUGAUGUAGAUGGCAUGGAGCUAAAGGAGAGCUCCAACCUCAACAUGCCUCGGACCUUCCUGGUAUCAGGAAAGCAGCGCUCUCUCGAACUCCAGGCCAGGACUGAGGAGGAGAAGAAAGACUGGGUCCAGGCCAUCAAUUCCACCCUCCUGAAGCAUGAACAGACCCUGGAGACUUUCAAACUGUUGAACUCACGCUGCCAGGAGCCCUUCAAUUCCAUCACCAAACGCAGGCACCACUGCAAGGCCUGUGGGCAUGUGGUUUGUGGGAAAUGCUCUGAGUUCCGAGCCCGACUCAUCUAUGACAACAAUCGUUCCAACCGUGUGUGCACUGAUUGCUAUGUGGCCUUGCAUGGAGCACCUGGGAGCAGUCCAGCCUGUAGUCAGCAUACACCCCAGCGCAGGAGGUCCAUCUUAGAGAAACAGGCCUCGGUGGCUGCUGAGAACAGCGUCAUCUGCAGCUUCCUGCACUACAUGGAGAAGGUCUUCACCUUCACUGCACCCAGGGGGCACUAUGCUGGGAAAUCUGCUCUCAUCUCUCAUAUGGUACCUUAA